UAUAGCUGUGACGGCUGUUCGGGCUUUUUCAAAAGAAGCAUCCAUAGAAAUCGUGUGUACACGUGCAAAGCCCAGGGUGAAUUGAAAGGAAAAUGUCCGAUUGACAAAACACAUCGCAACCAGUGCAGAGCUUGUCGAUUAAAGAAAUGUUUUGAAGCCGAAAUGAACAAAGACGCUGUACAACACGAAAGAGGACCUCGGAAACCAAAACCAAAACCAACUGACCAACCAGAAAGCACAAAGCAAAUACCAAUAAAUGAACAACCAAUAGAUUUCAGUUUCGGCAAUUACCCCCCUCCACCAGCAUCUACUCUCAGUGCUGUGCAAUAUCAACAUGGCCCAAUUAACAGACUGUAUCUUCUCGACCGCGAACCAGGAGCAGGUCUUGUGGUCGACUGGUUACAACAUAUCACCCCAUCAGCUUUCUCUAGUCCACCGAUUCGAAUCAACAAAGAGGUCAUACAAGAAGUAACGGCACGAGUUCUGUUUGCUGUUGUCAGCUGGGUCAAACAGAUACCGGCCUUUUCAGUACUGGCUCCAUCCGAUCAGGUGGCGCUACUAAAUGACUGCUGGCGAGAAUUAUUUCUUCUAAGCCUCGUUCAGUGGGAAGUACCAUUUUCUCCGCUGGCAUUACUAGAACACGAACCAGAAUUAAUGCCUGGAGGCGAGCUAAAUGGUCCACCGACAGCUCGACUGUGCGCUGAGAUCCAACACAUGAAAGAGAUCCUCAGCAGAUUUAAGUUACUAAAUAUUGACCCAAUGGAAUUCACAUGUCUCAAAGCCAUUGUCUUGUUUAGACCAGAAUGUCCUGCUUUGAAUGACAUCCGAGCGAUAGAAAACUACCAAGACCAGGCCCAGCUGAUGCUUACAGAAUACAUUCGCUGUCACACACCUCAUUCGGCCACCCGAUUUGGCAAACUGCUCAUGUUGCUUCCGUGCUUGCGGACCAUCAACGCUCACAGUAUGGACAGGCUUUUGUUCAGGAACAUUAUUGGUGACAUCCCCAUCGAAACACUCAUUAUGAACAUGUUUCACGAAGACCGAUUAUAAUAUAUACACCUACCUGCUAUACACACGUCUGCAUAUGCACGCGAGAGGCAUUAACACACGCAUCUGUAUAAAGAGGCAUACAUCCCUACAAAUAUAUAUAUAUAUAUAUAUAUAUAUAUAUAUGUGUAUGUGUGUGUGUGUGCGUGUGUGUGUGUGCGUGUGUGUGUGUG